GAUAAACUCAGAAGUUGAUAACCUACUGAAAAGACGAAAGUAAAGGGUAACCUACUUAAACAGGUAAAAGGUUGAUCUAUCAAAUGUUAUAGAUAAACAAUUAUCUCAACUAUUAAAGAUAUGAAUGUACGUGACACCACUGCAAUUCCUACGUGCCAAAUCCAGUGCACCAAACCAUCGCCACUUAUCUUGACCUUAGCGUGUUUGCGGCUUAUAAAAUUAACCUUAUCUUCUCACCAUACAAUCUUAUCAGUUUCCUCUGCUCAAUGGCUAGAUGGCGCUAGGUGUCUGCCAUCGCGACCUACAAAAUGCCAGCGGCAACUGCGGUACUGCAAACACUGCAGUAAGAUUCCAAAAAGACGUGUACCCGAGCCCGGGGGCGGCGCGCGGCGUGUGGGCGCUGCCGCAGCCGCCCCCCUGCACCAUGGCGGCCGAGGAGCCCCUGCCCCCGUGCUCGCCGAUGUCCCCUGACGCGCCAGCGGCACCCCCUCGCACCAUCACGAGCUACCAUCACUCGGACCUACACCAGCUGAUCUUCGAGGCGGUUAGGUCCAGUGAAGUAUCAGAAAUGGAGCGACUAGUCGAAAAGCUCGGCGUGGAGGUACUCAGUGCUCGUGACCAACAUGGAUACACACCAGCGCACUGGGCGGCGCUGGACGGCAGCGUGGCAGUUAUGCGGUAUCUCCUGGAGCGGGGAGCGCCCGUGGAUCUGUCCUGCUUGGGCACUCAGGGCCCUCGUCCUAUCCACUGGGCCUGCAGAAAGGGCCAUGCGUCAGUGGUGCAGGUGCUGUUACAGUGUGGAGUUGCGGUCAACGCUGCUGACUUCAAAGGACUAACCCCCCUAAUGACCGCCUGCAUGUACGGCAAGACCGCCACUGCAGCCUACCUCCUCGGCAUGGGAGCCGCCACCAGGCUCGCAGACAUCAACGGAGACACCGCACUCCACUGGGCAGCGUACAAGGGACACGCGGAUCUGGUCCGACUGCUGAUUUACUCUGGAGUACCGUUACACUGUACUGACAAUUUUGGCUCGACGCCGCUGCAUUUGGCAUGUCUGUCGGGGAACCUGACAUGCGUCAGAUUGCUGUGUGAGAAGGUUAAGGCAGAACUCGAGCCUCGAGACAAAAACGGGAAGACGCCCCUCAUGCUGGCUCAAAGCCACCGGCACGCCGAAGUAGUCAAACUCCUCACGAAGGAAAUGAAGCGGAAGUCCCAUUGGAUGCCUCCAUUGUCGGAACUCUGGGCACUGCUGUUUGGAGGGGCGGGGGACUCAAAGGGACCACUGUUGUUCUUCCUUGUAUCAGUGCUGCUGUGGGGUUAUCCUAUGUAUGUUUUUAGGUGCAUCCCUCUAACGUGGAACACUCUCCGUCUGUCCCACUACUGCUUCCUCUACUGGAAUGCCAUCAUGUGGCUGAGCUGGGUGAUCGCCAACCGCCGGGACCCGGGCUACAUCCCGCAAAACUCCGACACGUACUACCGGGCUAUCCGCCAGAUUCCGUACCUGGACAAGUGGAGGAAGAGGAACGUCAUUCUGUCGCGGCUGUGCCACACGUGCCGGUGUCUAAGACCGCUCAGGGCCAAACACUGUCGCAUUUGCAAGCGCUGCGUAGCCUACUUCGACCACCACUGCCCGUUCAUUUACAACUGCGUAGGCGUUCGGAACCGCAUGUGGUUCUUCCUGUUCGUGAUGAGCGUGGCUAUUAACUGCACGCUGUCCAUAUACUUCGCCUGCUACUGUCUUCUUCUUGAAGGAUUUGGACUGCUGUAUUUAUUGGGACUGCUUGAAGCGCUCACUUUUUGCGCGCUGGGGUGGAUUCUUACGUGUACUUCUAUCCUUCAUGCCUGCAUGAACCUGACCACGAACGAGAUGUUCAACUACAAGCGCUACCCCUACUUGCGGGACAAGCGCGGUCGCUACCAGAACCCCUUCUCGCGGGGCCCCGUCAUGAACCUCAUCGAGUUUUUCGUCUGCCUGCCGGAUAAAUGCGACGAGCAGGACUUGUUCCACGAGGAGAACAUUUAACAGCAAGCUUAGUUACUUUACCUGACCACGAGGCGCUACCAGAAUCCCUCGUGGGACCCAGUCAUGAACCUCAUCAAGUUCUUUGCGUGCCUGCCGGAUAAGUGCUACGAGCAGGCAUGGUUCCGCGAGAACAUUUAACACCAAGCUUAGUGUUACUUUGAGCUUGCUUACACUGCCAGAACCGAACGUUCUUGGUUGAAAUUACUAGAAACACACGAUGUUUCGAAUUGGAAUUAUUUUUACCCGACUGUUUAUUAACGAGUGACUGGUUUUCAUAAAGUUUCCUGAUGUUCACAAGAGAGAAAAUGACGUAUGUUGGUAAUGUGGAUGCAUCAUAAUUAUUAAUAUAAGUACCUACCAAUUUAUGCGUUGGUGCUACUGAUGUCCACUUUUAUCUACUUAAGUAAGAGUUAAGGAAAGAAUGCGAUAGCCUCAACAACGAUGAAUAGUCACCGCAAAAACGUCAGUUGAGGAUAACUUUUGGCCUUGAUGCGAUUUUAUAAGCAAUUACCAGUUUUUUUUUUUAAAUCUACGUUGAAGGCGACCGAAAUGGUGCCAUAAUUUAAUUCACGACAUUCCGCCGUACACAGCUUUCUCGAGCAAAUUUAUAAAUUUAUUACGAAGCACUUUAUCAAGAUUCGCAUUUAGCCUUGUACAAAUAAAUUUAUUGUAAAGUUA